AGUUCUCGAGAGCUUCUGUCGAGGCAGAGACCGCCCCAUCGCUUUCUUCCCGUUUAUUUCUUCGAAGAAAGGGGGGAAUCAGAUUUAAGAAUCGGAGUGGUCUCGCUGUAGCGGCGGCGGCGGCGGCGGAGGCGGCGAUGGAGGAGCUUGAGCUAGGGCUUAGUUUAAGUGCGAAGAAGGCGACCAAUGCUUCCUGCGACGGAGGUGAGGAAAGAUCAUGGGAAUGGGGAAAGAAGAACUGCAGGAUACUGACGGCUAAAGAUUUUCCGAUGGUUACGUUGCUGGCGACGCCGAUCUCGUCUUCGUCGUCGGUUUCUUCUUCAUCGGGUUCGGCAAGCAAUGCCGGCGGGGGCUGUGGAGGGGAUUUGGGGAAGAAGAGGAAUAAUGAUUUGGUAUCGCCGUGUAUCGGCGGGGCGGGUAAUCAGAUCAGUCAAGGAUUGGUUGGAUGGCCACCAGUUCGGGCUUUUAGAAUGAAUAACAUGGCUAACCAGUACAAAGACAACAUUCCUGAAUGUAAUACAAGUGAUCAGAAGAAGAAAAUCCACAACUCCAACUUGAAACAGAAAGCCAUGGUUUCCAAAGAGAUCAAAGACAACAAGAACUUUGAUGGCUCUCGUUUCGUUAAGGUGAAAAUGGAUGGUGAUCCUAUUGGUAGAAAAGUUGAUUUAAAUGCACAUGAAUCCUACAAAACACUUGCCCUUGCUCUGGAGAUCAUGUUCUACAAGCCCACCUCUUCUUUUGGAAUGAAACAAUUGAAGCUAUUAGAUGGUUCUAAUGAGUUUGCACUGACGUAUGAAGACAAAGAUGGGGAUUGGAUGCUGGUUGGAGAUGUUCCGUGGAGCAUGUUCUUGGAUACAGUCAAAAGACUCAGAAUCAUGAAGAUUACUGAAGCCAGUGGGCAAAAGCUAAGGCUCUCUUUCUCCCAAGAGUCUGCUGUGCUACCAAUACCAACAUGAAGGCAGACUAUGAGAGAGCUUAGUGCAGAGUAAAACAUACAGUUUGAAAAGAAAAAGAGUGUCAAAGAGGAAGAAGAGAAUAUUAGAGGAGCUUUCUAUAGAGUAAAUACAAAGCAGAGAAGGAGAAUUUAAAGAGGCCAAAAAAAUGUGAAGGCAGUGAUGGUAUGUAACAGAGUUAGCUUUGCAUCACAGUUUUGAUUUUUAGCCACUAAAAAGGAUCACCUCCAUAUUUGUUAUUUUGGUCAUCUGAUCUAUAUUUUUGUGCUUAUUUCUGUGAUUUAUGGCAGCAGAUCAGACCUGAAACUGGAUAGUUCUUCUUCAUUCUGUAAAUAUUGUUUUUCUGCAAUUUUUAUUGUGGCCUCUUAUCCAAUACUUAAUAGCUUAACAUCAAAGA